AUGGGUUUGGACAAGUGGAGCUGUAGUGGUUGUGUGGCUCUAGGAGUGGCUGCAAGACUGGCUCUUUUCCAGCUGAAAAGUUUGCUGUCCUAUCUGAUGACCAGAGUUGAGCUCCAGACACCUGCCUCCUCGUGGGAAUCGAUGGAGGAGGGAACCUUCCUCUACCAGAGGGGGAUCUCACCAUACCAGGGAUCCCUAUUUCACAACCAACCGCUUCUGCUGAAGUUUUUCGUGCAACUGCAGACUAUAAGUAGUGUCGUAAAUAUAGACUUACCCUUCGUGUUUAUUCUAAUAUGCGAUGUUCUGACAGGGUACUCGUUGUUCAAAUGUUGCGAGAGUUUUCUCGAAUCGCGAAUGGAGGAGGAAAAACAGCUGGCCAACACAGAGUAUGACAAAGACGCUUACAAAUGCUUCUCGGCGAACAGGCGAACCCCGGAAGCCAGUGCGAAAAUUGUUACCUUGGCCUAUCUUUUGAACCCCUUUACAAUCAUUUCAUGUGCUUGCAAAACGACUUUGCCAAUUGAGCAUAUGCUUUACGCUAGACUUAUUCUUUUCUGCUUGCGAAAGAAUCUGUAUGGAGCCAGUGUGAUUCUAAGUCUGGCAACUUAUCUCUUUAUGUGGCCUCUUUUGCUGUGGGUUCCUGUUUCCUACUUGUUUUCGGAGACACCCAGGUCCAACGAUGGUCAACUAAAAAAGCAGUGUUCUGUGACGUCAUUGAUCAAUGGAUCGGUUGUUUUUUGCAUUUUGGCAGCCAUGACUGCAUUUCUAAUGGUGGCUUCUUACUACAGUUGUAACGAGUCUACUGACUUUUUCUUCUCGACCUGGGGCUUCCAAUUCAUCAUUCCAGAUCUGCAACCUAAUGUGGGACUGCAUUGGUACUUCUACAUGGAAAUGUUUGACCAAUACCGAACCUUCUUCACCCUCAUGAUCAACUCAAUCACCCUUCUCAUUUGCAUUCCUCUUUGCUGGAAGUUUGCUGAUAAUCGAAUCGCUCCUGUUUACAGUGCAAUGUACUUUAUAGCAAUAUAUAAGUCCUAUCCUACUUUUGGAGAUGUCUCUCUUUGUCUCGCUUUGGUUCCUAUGAUAGCCCAGAACUUCUCCCUCAUGCGUAAUUUGCUCUUCACCUUCUUGCUGUUCCUCGCUUGUCUGGCUAGUAUGCCAGCUAUGUAUCACGUGUGGGUGGUGACCUUUAACCCCAAUUUUUUCUACGCCAUUUCGCUCAUUUACGGCACUGUGCAGAUGCUGAUUUGGUCUGAUGUCAUUUUUUCGAUGAACAGACGUGAAUUCCUCUACAGAAAUGGACUCAAGUAUCCAUUAGACGAAGAUGGAAAUUUGAAGAAAUUCACUCUUAUGUGAAAACCAAACAAUUGUCAAACUGAUGAAAAAAAUUUGAUGGCCACAAAAAGUGAUAAACAUCUGAUAGGUUUCUUUAGUCAAAAGAAUUUGCCAAAACAAAACAGUAAAAAAAAUUGACAGUUUUAAUUAGAUGAUUCAGAAUAAAUUAAAUUUUGGAAUUAACUAUCCGCCCUUGCAAAAAGGGGGAGAGAUUCGUUACUAGAUCCAAAAUGCGCAUUUGAUUACCCGUUGAAUUAUUUCAUUAUAGGGAUGGCCGAAGUACCAAAGGGGGAAGAAAUUGUUAAAGAAAUACAAAAUUUGUUUGUUAGUCAUGAAAAUUUUAUUGAAUUAGAAAUAGUUCCUUGGCAACCCUGUCUUAAACUAUGGAACGUUCGUAGACUUUCAAAGAAGCCAAAUAAGAUGAAACUAUGAUUUAAAUGACUGUUGCUUACUUUGUUACAUAUUGAUUUCUGUUGAACAGACAUAAGCUUAUUUGAUUUCCAACUAAAUUGCAUUCAUCUAAGAAGCUCAAUUAAAA